AAGUGGCAGAUAUAUAAAAAGGUUUAGGAAAGUGAGAAGGGCGGCGAGAGCAAAAGAGAGAUGGUGAUGGCGUGGAAAUGGAUUGUGCGAAGAACCCGCGAAUCGAAACCCUUCUUCCUUGCAUUCGCCACCGUAUGCGGCGUCGUUCCUGGCGUCAUAGGCUAUGGUGUCAUGCAACUCACUAACACCCGCAACGAGAAGCUUGAGUCCCAUCUUCGCACAAAUGCCCGUCCCGAAUCAUUGAUGAUGGGGCAAGUCAAUAAAGAGAGACUGGCAGAGUACCUGGGAGAGCUACAGCGUAAAGAGGAUACGAAUGACCGCUAUGUUGCUGCUCUAAGAGGAGAAACUUUAACCAGAAAACCUUAUGUGAGAAUCCAACCGAUUCCAGAACAAACUGACACCAAGGCAAACAAGGAGCAGAAAAAAAUGAAUUAGUUGCAGAUCUCCGGUUAUUGUGAAUAUACGUUUCUCCAGUUAACUAUGAACUUGCUGCUGUUUAAUCUGCGUUUAAUCCUACUUUACUGUUGUAUGUGUUUAUUUAAGCAUUAAAUUCUUCUUGGUUAGGAGGAAAUUGAUGUCCAUGAUUCUGUCCAGACAAGACUACACUAGCUAUACUUAUGUUAUUUGAUUUAUCCAAAUUCUUGAUAGAGAUCUAGUAUUCUCUUUGGAAUAUAAACAUUUUCCAGACUUCUGGAUGCUUUCGGCCUAAA